ACGGGUUACAGGAAAAAUCUUAAAAUUAGUUCAUUUCUCCCCUCAAAUUAUCAAUUUGCCGUCCAAUGAAGAAAUAUUCCGGCAUAAAUCCUCGCACUUUCUCCGCCUCGAUUUGAGUGACUUUGUAAAACCCAGAAUCAUCAAUGGCGGACAAACCAAGCAGAUCGCUCGUGCUGUACGGCGAUGGAUUGGCUCAUUUCAUCGAUCAAUCCCACACUCACAUCCACUCCCUCGCAUCAAAAGCUGCCUGCGGCUUCUUGAGCCUUCCCAAUGCCCCUCCCUUAGAAAGCGAGGAUGAGAGGAUUGUUCGGGAGUUUGCAUAUCUGCUGGAUGCAUGUGAAGCUUAUCAAGACAAGAGUGUUGAGAAAAGCACCUCGAUGCCAACCAUAUCUCAGAGGUUUAUGGGAAUGAAGGCUGCAAUUGUUACAGAUAAUCCUUCUCUAAAAUCUUUUGGGAGCAAGGUCGGCUUCACUAUUUUGUCAUUCAGUGAUUUACAUGGAAAUGAUGGUUCAUUUUCUGGAUCAUCAAUUGAUCUUGUGAUCUCUGAAUUACUGAAGUUGCUUGGAUUUCAAGAGGGGAAGACCAUAGACACAAGUCAAUUUGAUUUAGUACUCGUGCACAUAGGGGAUGGUGAAACGGUUAGUAGUGAUACAGAAUACAUUAAUACUCUGGUUGGUGGUGUGAUGCGCGCAGCAGAACCUGGUUCAGAAAUUGGUUCCCGCCUGCACUUGUCUCUUGUUAUGAGCUAUGGAAAUAUCAGAGAAAUGGACUCUACAAAUUUAUCAGUUCUGGUUUCUAAAGAAGAAAGGAACUCUGAUCUUUCCAUGCUCUUCCCUCGUCAAAGUUACACAAUGAGAGGAGAAAAGCCACGAAAUGAUGUUAGGCACCACUGUCCCAUGUUGGUUGCUCAGUGGCAGUAUGCUGUGACACGCAUGGAUAUGGCUGAGACAUUCUCUUUUAAAGAUUUUAAAGAGCAUGGUGGAAAUCUUGUAAUACCAGCCGAUAGAUUUAUGCAUGAAGUUGCAUUCAAGCUUUGGAAGGCCCCAAAGUAUGGAGCAUAAGUUGGUUUUCAUGGAAGCCUAGUCAUAGCAAAUAAGGGAAAAUGUUGGUUGUCCUACUUUUUUAUUUAAGCAGGAAAGAAAAACCAGAGCUGGGGAUCUUACUUGAUUUCUCUAUAAAGCUUCUGUAACCUUUUCAAUGUUGCUCCGUGUUUUGAGCAUUAUUACUCCAAAUAGGAGCAUAUGAGUAGCCAAAUAAUGCUAGUUUUUCAUUUUGCAGUUUGUAA